AUGGAAGAAUUUGAAUUUAGUGUACGUAAUGAAUGCAAACAGGCUUUUACGGAGCUACAAACCGGUGUGACUGAUUUGAAAGUGACUGUCAACAAUCAGAGUACUCCAUUUCACAAUAAAACGGAAUCCUACAUCCGAAUCCUGUUCAGGCAUACAAAUUUAUAUAACGGUUUAUUGCGCAAUCAACAAUCUUUGGAUAGUUCUUUGAGCUUUGACGGUACACCAGCAAAAUUGCCUGGAUUCGAAUAUCUGCUCAGGAAUACGCAAUUCCUGUUGAAACUUGUUGAAACGGUCGACAGCAAUGCUUGCUAUACAUUAGAGAACAAGUGUAUUUUGUCAUCGCUUAUCGUUGGCUCAUUACUUGAUGACAUGCGCUAUUGUACAGAAGUUGUUUUUGCAAUAUUAAAUCAUCAUAUCUUUCUGUCUCUUGAAAAGUGCGAACCUCAUAUUAUAUUUCGUCAAAGUGGUUCUCUAGCUGAGCAAAUUUUUACGGUUUGGUUCAGUUUGUGUUUUCUGGAAUAUUUGAAGAAUGGUCCAGGCCAGUCCAUGUAUUUGUUAUAUAAAGCACUGAAAUGUCAAAUUGAACGUGGUCCAGUUGACGCUAUAACCGGUGAUGCACGAUAUUCACUGAAUGAAUCAAAACUUCUUAGAAAACCGCUUAAUGUUACAAGCAUGCAGUUGUUCGUAAUCCCUCUUGACGGUUCUAAGCAAUCGCCGAUUAUUCUUCGAGCAUUAAAUUGUGAUACGAUCACUCAAGUUAAAAAAAAGCUGUUGGACAGUAUUUACUCCAAUGAACCGUUUUCCGCUCGGCUGAAUGUGGAUGAAUUUCAUUUAGAAUGGAAAUGUUCGGAGCGUUACACUGUUGUUCUGGCGGAUGAUGAUGGAUUAGAAGAAGGCAAAAUAAAAAGGUUGAAAUGCUUGGAUGAUUACAACAUAAAAGAAAAUGCGUUACUCGCCAUGAAGCUAAUUCCAUCACGUAAUACUCCAGAAUACUUCAAAAAAGCAGCCAAUUCGAAGGGCAGUACGCAUCCAACUCAGUAUUAUCAUCUGGAACAACCUUUCUUAAUAGAAAAUUGCACUAAUGAGGAAGAUGAUACUGCAACCAAAUCCAUAUCGGAAAUAUACCUUACGCGAUUAAUUACAAGUAAAAGAAUGGUGCAAAAAUUUGUGGAUGGUUUCCUGGAAUCGGUGAUAUGUGCGAAUGGUUUUGAGUGUCCACCGCUCUUGUUAUUCGUGUUUCACACUUUCGACGAAAUAGCCAUUAGGAAUAAUUUUAUGGAUGAGAUAGCAGUUCGAUCUUGGAAAGUAAAUCUUUGGAUUCUGCGAUUCUGGGUAAACAUUCUGUCGAAUAUUGAUUACGUAUUAGACGUUGAACGGAUACCAGCAGUGGAUAGCUCAUUAGCGGUCAUUGCUCAAACGUUGGUGGAUGUUUUCAGCAAUGCUAACCACAAGUUUGGAAAGGAAAGUCCAUCAUCAAAACUUCUGUUUGCAAAAGACAUUAAAAGGUAUCGCAUACAAGUAGCAGAUUUUUUCCGAAAUAUUGCUACCUCUCCCCGGUUAUCCAUUGAAACUUUUUAUAGUUACAUCGCCGUUUCAGCAGAAAGUUUUUGUGGUGAGAAAAUACAUUACGUACUGCAGAAUGAUCUAUAUGACUGGAUCAAAAGUAAUGGUUUUAGUCUGCUGGAACAGUUUUCCAUUAACCAGUGCGCCGAAACACGUGGAAUAACUGAAUGCUUAAAAUAUUUACUUUAUUACGGUGAGAUUGAUAUGAACCACAUUUAUGCUGAUGUACAACUUGAAUAA